UCACCCCGCAAGUGGCCGCAGUCAACGGAUUUUGUGGAGAGAGGGAUUUCUAAACAGGACAAAAUGCCAGCCAAGCCAGCCCCUAUCAAGAAGGCGGCCGCGCCUAAGGAGAAGGCCGCGGAGCCAGCGCCCGCAGCAGAGGCUCCCCCCGCCGAGGCUCCCCCAGCUGAGACUGCCCCCGCCGAGGCUGCACCCGCUGAGGCUGCUCCCGCCGAGGCUGCACCCGCUGAGGCUGCACCCGCCGAGGCUCCAGCUGAAGGUGCUGCUGCACCCGCUGAAGGAGAGGCCGCCCCCGCCCCAGCUGAAGGCGAGGCACCUGCCGCUCCCGCUGAAGGAGAAGCUCCAGCCGAGGAGGCAGCCCCAGUAGAGGAGGUCAAGCCCCCCACACCUCCUCCUCCCCCAGAGCCCACCAGCGAGCCCCUGGAGCUGGGAGUGGAGGAUGUCAACGACACCUCCGUCACCAUCAGCUGGAGGCCACCAGCCACCAUUGGAAACGAUGGCCUGGAUGGAUACACCGUGGAGGUCGCCAUGGAAGGAACUGAUGACUGGAAGGCAGCCAAUGAGGAUCUCACCAUCUCUUGCCGUUAUGUCGUCAAGAACCAGACCACUGGAGACCGCAUCAAUAUCCGCGUGGUGGCCAUGAACCCUGGCGGCCGUAGCCCCCCUGCCGCUCUGGCCGAGUCUGUUCUGGUCAAGGAGGUUGGUGAGCGUCCCAAGAUUCGUCUUCCCCGCUUCCUGAGACAGAGAUUCGUGAGGAGCGUUGGCGACAAGAUCAACAUUGUCAUCCCCUUCAGUGGCAAACCCUCACCAGCUGUGUCCUGGACCAAGGACGGCGAGCCUCUGGAGUCCAAGAGAGUGAACAUACGUAACAGCAACAACGACAGCAUCUUCUUCAUCCGCCAGUCCGACAGAGAAGACUCUGGCGUCUACGAAAUGAGCGUGAAGGUGGAGAGCUUUGAGGACAAGGCUUCCUUUGUUAUCCAGAUCUGUGAGCUGCCUGGACCUCCCGCAAGUAUCAAGAUUGUAGACACAUGGGGAUUCAACGUUGCUCUGGAAUGGGAGGAGCCCAAGGAUAAUGGCAAUACAACCAUCACAGGCUACACCAUCCAGAAGGCUGACCAAAAGACAGGGGACUGGUACACAGUGGUGGAGAACUACCACAGGAUGAACGCCACCAUCUCAGACCUGAUCAUGGGCAACAGCUACAAGUUCCGCAUCUACUCGGAGAACAAGUGCGGCAAGAGCGAGGACGCCACGGUCACCAAGGACGCCGCCAAGAUCCUCAAGACAGGUAUCGACUAUAAUCCCCCAAUCUACCAGGAGCAUGACUUCAGCGAGGCCCCCAAGUUCACCACCAACAUGCCUGACCGCAGUACCACCGUGGGCUACACGGCAAAACUCCUGUGCUCUGUCAGAGGCUGCCCUAAGCCCCAGAUUAUCUGGAUGAAGAACCAGAUGAUCAUCGGCGAGGACCCCAAGUUCCGUCAGAUUAACAACCAGGGCAUCUGCUCUCUGGAGAUUCGCAAGCCUGGCAGCUUCGACGGCGGUGUGUACGCUUGCCGUGCCAAGAACGCCCAUGGAGAGGUCACCAUCCAGUGCAAGCUGGAGGUCAAACAGCCUGUGAUCGCCGAGGCUGACCAGAAAAAGAAAUAAGCGCCCACUCAUUAGACACGCAGAUAUAGGAGCAGCAGGAUCAUGGACUUCAAGAAAGGACUUUGAAAGUGUUUCGACAGUGCAACAACAUGUACAUAUUCCUAAAUGGAUCAGAAGGCAGAAGGCGUGUGCUUGUGUGUUAGUGUGUGUGUGUGUGUAUGUGUGUGCGCAUGUGCGAGAGUGUACAUGAGAAAUCGUUGGGUGGCUAUCUGCAACAUCAAGAAGUCCUGCAAGCCAUUUUUUUCUCGCGGAAUGAAGCAGCAAAGUAGAGUAAUCCCUCCCCCUUCAAAAUGCCGUGGCUCACAAGUCGACUGCCCCGCACAGACAGACACACAGACAGACUCUCUGGAUAUGAAGGAACAGCCUCUCCGUUGUUGUUGUUGUUGUUUGUUGUUUGUUGCUAUUUAUUUCCUCUUACAUGGCUGUUUCCUACAUGUUUGUACAUGACACGCAUCAUCCUUCCUCUCGCUCUUUCUGUUCCAAUGGUUCAUCACCGGUCAAAAAGACAAAAAAAUGUGGGGCGGAAACAAAGGCAAUUUUUGAAUGUUUGUUAAUAUGCAUAUUAAACGUUUCAACCCUAGUGUAUCUUUUAUUAUUUUUUGUUUGUUUUUGCUUUGUAAUGUUUAAGUUGGUCAGCGACGGUUGUAGACUUAACUUAAUGUUUUGAGUUGAAGACAGAUGGUGAUGGGGUGAUUAAUCAACUUGAUUAAAUUCAGUUUUGGCCAGAAAGGCCAGGUAAGAA